AUGAAAUCCAUCUGCGUCUUUUGUGGUUCCAGUUUCGGCGCGCGCGAUAUUUAUGCCGACGCGGCCAGGGACACCGGUCGCGUUAUCGCCGAAAACGGCUAUCGGCUCGUCUAUGGUGGUGCCAAGGUCGGAUUGAUGGGUACUGUUGCCGACGCCGCGCUUGCGGCAGGUGGUGAAGUCGUCGGUGUACUGCCCAAGGCCUUGCAGAACAAGGAAAUCGGUCACGAAGGCCUCGACGAGCUCCACCUCGUCGGCUCAAUGCAUGAGCGCAAGGCCUUGAUGGCCGAUCUUUCCGACAGUUUCAUCGCCUUGCCCGGCGGCGCGGGAACUCUUGAGGAGAUUUUCGAGGUCUGGACCUGGGGACAGCUCGGCUAUCAUCAAAAACCUUGCGGCUUCCUGAAUAUCGAAGGCUAUUACGAUCACCUGAUCGCAUUUCUCGACCACCAGACUGGCGAGCAAUUCACGAAAAAGGUGAUGCGCGACAUGGUCCAGAUCGCCGAUACGCCGGAAGCGUUGAUCGACCUGUUCAAGGGCUACGAACCUCCAAGCACACCAAAGUGGAUCAAGAAGGACGAAACCUGA